GGGUCAUAUUUCGUUGUAAUUCAGAAUAGCGAAUACAUGGAACCACAAUUUUAACUAGGAUCAUAAAAAAAUGCUUCAAAUUCUUCUUCCAACAAACUGAUAAAGCAGUUCUGCCUCAAGAGUGAACAACAUGUGAUCUUAAUUGUAAAAGCAAAUUUUAUCUAUUUCGUUUUUCCCGUCGAUGACGAUCUGGCAGCGCGGGACAAAGUGAAAGUUUUUAGUGGUCAAGAGGAGUGAAGGGGUUCUAUUGAUCAUGACGAAUGAACUGUCGGAUACGAUGGAAGUCAAGGUGGAACCUGACUUGGAAUUAAAACGACGAUAUGAACGUAAAGCAACUAUUUAUCAGUUGCAGAUGUGCUUUUUAGCAAACCUGACAGUUUUGGGACCUUCUAUGGGUUUUGGCUACAGUGCUGUUGCCUUACCACCACUUCAAUCUCCAAAAAGUGAAUUUAAAAUAGACGCCAAUCAAGCCUCUUGGAUAGCUAGCGCAGCAGCAUUUUCAAUUCCCUUUGGCUGUUUCAUAACAAGUUUUGUUUUGAGAAGAGGAAGGAAAUCGACAUUUUUAAUAAUUUCUGCGGUCUCAUUGGUUGGCUGGCUGACUAUAUAUCUCUCCGCAAAUGUGGAGCAAAUAAUUAUAGGAAGAAUUUUGUCCGGAGUUUCUACUGGAUUAGCAGCAGUUCCAGCAACAGUUUAUGCAGCAGAGGUGGCUGCCCCAAAAUGGAGAAGUACUGUUGUCACCUGGACAAGUAUUGCAAUUGCUGCUGGCGUUCUCAUCGUCUACAUAUUUGGAUUUAUAUUUCCGGACAACUGGAAAAUGGUGGCUCUCCUUUGUGCAAUUUUUCCCCUGGCUGCAUUUUGUCUCACGUUGAUUUACAUGCCAGAAUCACCAGUAUGGCUUCGAGAAAGAGGCCGAAUACCGGAGGCUGAAAAAAUUUUAAGAAAAUACCGCGGAGUACCGAAAGGAGCGGAUCUCCCUGCAGAAGUUGAGGCCGAGCUUCAGGUGAAGCAUCAGACCAAGAAGAGGAACCUGCUAAAGCACCUUCUUCGUCGCUCAUCCCUGAUCCCCUUUCUCGUUCUGCUGACUUACUUCUUUUUCCAACAAUUUUCCGGGAUUUUUGCUGUGGUCUACUACGCAGUGAAAAUUUCUAAAGACUCAGGACUCACGAUAAACGACCACGUGGGAGCGAUGCUAAUCGGGAUAAUGCGUCUGAUAGGUGCACUUCUCGUCGCCUGGGCAUCGCGGCGUUUUGGCCGACGACCGCUCUCGAUAAUUUCCGGUGUCGGGAUGACUCUCUCCAUUGGUUCUCUCGCGCUCUACCUGUUUCUUAAAGACCGUGGUCACGUGGGAGAAGGAGGCAUGCUUCCAGUGAUCUGUCUCAUGACUUACAUAUUCAUGAGCACUCUUGGCUUCCUGGUCCUACCUUUCGCCAUGUUGGGUGAGCUCUACCCGCCCAAGGUCAAGGACGUCCUCUCCGGCAUGACCACCUGUAUCGCUUACAUCUUCAGUUUCGCUACCGUCAAAGCCUACCCAGAUAUGCUCAACAUCAUGGGCAAACAUGGCAUCUUUUUCUUCUACGCCAUCUUCUCAUUUCUUGGCACUUUCUUCGUGGCGUUUUUCCUACCGGAAACCAAGGGGAAGACACUUUCGGAAAUAGAAAACAUCUAUGUGAAGAGGGAAAAGGGAUGUAGUGAAGAUGUUGACAGGAAGAUGAUUCCUUGAACAGUAGAAAAUUAUAAUUUAUUUAAGAUUCCUCUUACCGACUCUUACCGACAUCCAGAGCGUUUGAGGGCUUGAGUCAGGGCUAAAUUUAAAGGGAAAUGUGUUAGAUGCUUUGAAAUCCUUUUCAAUUACUAUGGACGCGAACCCUUAAAUACUAUAUGUCGGUAAGGAAGAAAGAGAGAAA